GCGUGAAUCACUGAGCUCUUCGCGCCCCGCCUCCUUUGUGAAGCAUGGAGAGUCGUGCAGUCGCGCGGGCCUCAGGAGGCCUUGGGCUGCUCCGGAUUACAGGCCACUGGAAUCCCAGGAGAGCCCCUUUCCAAACAGAUGACGUGCCUUCAGCUGUGUACCUGGUGGGAAUAGGCCAGCUGUAAAUCCUGGUUUUCACUGACAAGAAAAGGAGCAUCUGAGAUCAUUGGCUGCUCACAGGAACUAGAGGCCUCAGCUCCUUACAUCCUGCUGGAUGGAGAUUCACGGUCCUUGGGCUGAAAAUCCCAGUGGGGAGGAGAAGCUGCCUUGGAAUCUAGGAGGAGGCCCUGCGGAAAUCUGGGUGACAGAUGCUGUAAGAGCCAGAGGCGGGCCAGCUCAUGCCCAGCUCCAGAAAACGGCCUCCACGUGACCGAGACCCUGUGGAGAUACACACAGACUUUUUCUUAGUUUGCAUGUUUGGUUUCUUCCACCUGUCUGGGUUCCCCUCGUACAUAUUGCAGAGAGUCAAGAAGAGCCAUGGCUGUCUGCGCCUCUGCUGCCAGACACUUGUCAUUAACCAGGUGCCAUUCCGCAGCCUCAUGGAGAUCCUGGGGAUGCUGGAGCUGGAGGCCAUCCGAGAGGUGAGGCUCCAUCACAGGAGCAGGUUCUGCCUCCAGUCAGACCUAAUCCAGUUCUUCACCCAGGUCGGGCAGAUGAGCAACCUGGGCAACCUCAUCAUGAGCCCCAUCCCCUGGGAGUUCCCUGCUUACGGCUUCUCCCUGCUCAGCCCGCUGGGCCACCUCCAGAAGCUCCACCUCAUCGCUGAUUGUCUCUCAGACCAGCUACAGAAGAUGCCCAGAUGAUGGUGAUGAUAAUGACCCUCAGAUGAUGAGGAGGGAGGAGGAGGAUGACAACGAUGAUGAUCGCUAUAUGGUGCCUACAGUGCCCAGGU